AUGUUUAUCUUGUUUUUAGGAAUAUGCCUGACAUUACUUCUACGUCUAGAAGAUUUACGAAUUCCUCCUGCUUAUUCAAAAACUUUCCAAGGCCCACCACAUGGUAUUCAAGUAGAAAGAGAUAAAUUAAACAAAUAUGGUCAUCCUUUGUUAGGAUGUACUAUAAAACCAAAAUUGGGUCUAUCUGCCAAGAAUUAUGGUAGAGUGGUUUAUGAAUGUCUCCAUGGUGGACUUGAUUUUACCAAGGAUGAUGAAAAUGUGAAUUCCCAACCAUUUAUGCGCUGGAGAGAUCAUUUCUGCUUUUGUGCAGAAGCAAUUUAUAAAGCUCAGGCUGAGACGGGUGAGAUUAAGGGACAUUACCUCAAUGCUAUUGCAGGUACAUGUGAAGAAAUGAUGAAAAGAGCAGUAUUCGCCAGAGAAUUAGGAGUUCCUAUAGUCAUGCAUGACUAUCUGACUGGAGGUUUUACGGCAAAUACUUCGUUGGCUCAUUAUUGCCGAGAUAACGACCUACUUCUUCACAUUCACAGCGCAAUGCAUGCAAUUAUUGACAGACAAAGAAAUCAUGGUAUGCACUUCCGUGUAUUGGCUAAAGCACUACGUAUGUCUGGUGGAGAUCAUAUUCAUGCUGGUACUAUAGUAGGUAAACUUGAAGGAGAACGGGAAGUGACUUUGGGUUUUGUUGAUCUAUUGCGUGAUGAUUUUAUUGAAAAAGACCAAAGUCGUGGUAUUUAUUUCACUCAAGAUUGGGUCUCUAUGCUGGGUGUUCUGCCUGUAGCUUCAGGAGGUAUUCACGUUUGGCAUAUGCCUACUCUGACCGAGAUCUUUGGGGAUGAUUCCGUAUUACAGUUCGGUGGAGGGACUUUGGGGCACCCUUGGGGAAAUUCACCUGGUGCAGUGGCUAAUCGGGUCGCUUUAGAAGGUUGUGUACAAGCUUGUAAUGAAGGACGUGAUCUUGCGCGUGAAGGUAAUGAAGUGAUCCGCGAAGCUACUAAAUGGAGCCCUGAACUAGCUGCCGCUUGUGAAGUAUGGAAAGAAAUCAAAUUUGAAUUUGAUACGAUUGAUCGCUUGGAGAAAGAAAAAAUCUAA